CAAAUCUGGGGACAUCGACCGACGACGCCGUCUACCGGGAUUAGAUGACCGGCAGUAAUUGCAUUCGGUACAUUCAACCUUCCAUACAACGGUAUCAUUAUUAAUCUUCCUCGUUUUUUUCUGUUCUCAAGGCAUCGGGCCAACAAGCGUCACUACUGAGGCUCUGUGCGCAUAGUCUUUUGUGAAUUUCUGGAUUCCACCCACUGGAGGAAAGUCAGUAUGCACGCUCAGUAGUUUGCUAACCUCGGUCUGGUCCAUCUAGAGAGCCUGGAUCUAGCUCAAGAACAAAAAUUGACAAAGUCGCGUUACCAAUUUAUACUACGUCAAAAUAACGAGCUCAUUGCCAGUGCCAUCAUCUAGGUUGAAGAAAAACAUUGGUCGACAUACCAGAAGCCCAAAGAUGAACAUUAGUACUCAAUGUUUUCGUGGUUCUCUGAAAAUGCCGAAGAAAUUCAUGCAUUCAUCCAUCGUAUCAUAGCUAUUUAAUGGUGUCAUGCUCUCACCUUUCAUCCAAGUGUCGGCUACAUGACGUAACCCCUCACUACAGGCGGCACGCGACAAAGAGUUAAGUACAUGGAACUCCUCACAGACGAACGUCGGGGCUACCUUGGACUUUUUGGCCAAUUUUCCCCCAAGUUAAUUGCUCCGCAUCUUGACACGAUACCACAAUUCAAACCACUUCCUACCGCCUGAUGUUGAGGGCUUUUUCAUCAUCGGCCCAGAUGUCAAUCUCAUGGUGCGAUGAAAGCAAGCUAUUGCACCGCACCUCCACACACAGCUCGACUAACCUACACACAAGCUCACCUGAACUUACUCACUGAGCCACCCUGCCCUGAGCUCAUGGGUUUUCUUGACUUGACUUGAGCUCUUUUAUCGUCUCUUCUUCGAUCAAAACAAUGGCAGAUGACUGGCAGGACCAUGCGCUUUCGACGCGCCACAUGCACAACCGCAACUCGCGGCGCGACUCCAAGGACAAGAAGAAGACGGCCGUUUUUGACGUCCGCAAGACCUUUGGCGACUACGAGGUGAAAUGCACCGCAUAUGACAGGGUCCUGAAGAGCUCCAUCGGGUCCCAAGACCAGGACGACCUGGACGAGCCGCAGCUGGAGUUGCUUCGCCUGACCGACGACGGGCAGGGCAUCCUGGGCCAGCUCAAGCUGCCGGGCGCUGUUGUCGCCACCGUCGUGCUCGCCGCCAGCAGGAAGCGGCUGCAGAUCAUCACGGACCGGCUCUCGGGCGACGUGGCGGGGGAUCAAGAGGACGAUGAGGACGAGGAUGGCAACAGUGACGACCACGAUGAAGAAGAUGAUGAUGACGAUGACGCUUCGCUGGAUCGAUUCGACACCUUUGAGAAGAACUCGUUCCGUUCGCCCAAGUUCUGGCUGGCGUGGAAUGGUGUGGUAGACUCCAAGGCGAGGGAGAAUGCACCUCCGUCCUCGCCGGUCGUGACGAGGAAAUCAUCGAAUGCGUUUUCGUUCAAGUCGAGCGCGUACCAGGAGGGCCUCGGCUACGUCGUCUUUACGACCAACGACUGCCGCAGGUUCAAGGGCACUCUGAGCUGCAGGGAGCUCGGUUGGAAGGACGUCAGUCUGAACGGGUUCAAAAGCACCGGCAGAAGCGAAAACGAUAGGCCAGUCGCCUGGGCGGGCAAGGACGUGGAUGGUGAUGCCGGGGCCAGGGGUAAAGGCGGGGUGCAGAUGCCCGGUCCCGAGGGUCGGGUCGAUCCAACAACCAGGCGCGUGAUAUUUGACUGAAUUUGAGAGACUCGCUGCAUAGGAUAUAUCCUGCAUGAUUGACAUGUCGAACCUGCACUGCAAGCGGUUCGGACGGAUAUGUGUGUUGGUUCUAUGGAGGUAGGUAUUAUGUAGCCAGUUUUCGGGGCCGUUGACGCCACAUGGCGGUUGAUAGUCUAGGGUUUUGCUCUGGUCUACCCAACAUUCUGUAGCCCGCCGCGCUGAAUACAAGGUUAAAAGAAGAUGAAAAUGAAUUUAACAGUGGGCCAACCCUCGGGACCGAUGUGGCAGUUGGAGUAUUUUAAGCCAAGAUC